UGACAAUCUGGGGGCCUGAGUUAUUGGCCGGCUUCGUGAGAAAAGACUACUAUCUGGAAUGUUUGACCCCAGACAACGGAUGACAAGAACUUGGUCCAAGCUUGUUUUCCAACACAACACAACAGGCUUACAGUUAGCCUGGAGAAGACAUAAAAGCCGCGACAUGAACGGCCAUAAUCUGGCUUCGUGAUAGCAGCUCGACUCGAAUUCGACAACCGUUCGGCACCGGCAACUUGGGCAUCAUCGACUGGUCAUCCGCCCUCCCCAUCGUUGAGGUAGUAGAUCGUUCCUUCAGCACACUCCUUUGAAAAGAUUUCAGUCAUUCCUUGAUAAAGAGACCAACUCUCCAUUCCCUCCUUACACAAUGACGCUCCUUAAAAAUAUUCUUGCCUUUUCGAUGGGGCUGGCUUCUCUGGGAGGAGCAUACGCCAAGCUCGACUUGUCUUCUUCUAACAACGUGGUUGUAUACUGGGGCCAAAAUUCCUAUGCAGGAUCUGGGAGCCUGGCCCAGCAAAACCUGGGUUAUUACUGCGAUGACAGCAAUAUCGAUGUCAUUGUCCUUGCGUUUGUGAUGAACGUGAACGGACCUGGAGGAGCACCAGCAUAUGACUUUUCGCUCACCAGUAAGAACUGCACGUUGUUCGAAGGCACCAACUUGCCAAACUGUCCCCAAAUUGGUGCCGAUAUUACCACGUGCCAGAAGAAGGGGAAGACCAUCAUCCUGUCAAUUGGCGGUGCGACGUACAGUGAAGGCGGAUUCCAGUCGCAAUCUGCUGCCCAGUCCGGUGCCGACCUGAUCUGGCAGACGUUCGGCCCCCAGCAGUCCAACUCGACGGCUCAUCGGCCCUUUGGCAACGCAUCAGUGGACGGAUUUGAUUUCGACUUUGAGGCCACUGUAAACAACAUGGCACCGUUUGCGAACCGACUUCGUCAACUUUCCGAUGCCGAGCCCUCGAAACAGUACUUCCUGACGGCAGCGCCGCAGUGCCCUUACCCGGAUCUUGCAGACCAGCAGAUCCUCAACGGACCAGUGUCGAUUGAUGCCGUCUGGGUCCAGUUCUACAACAACCCCUGCGGCUUGGGCUCUUUUGUUCAGGGCCAAAGCACGCAGUCGACCUUCAACUUUAAUCAGUGGGACAACUGGGCCAAGAACGUGUCUCAGAACCCGAAUGUGCGAGUGAUGCUCGGCGUUCCGGCGAAUACCGGGGCAGCCGGCUCGGGCUAUGUGCCAGUCUCGCAGCUGCAGUCGAUUAUUCAGUAUACCAAGACCUUCAAGAGCUUUGGCGGCGUGAUGAUGUGGGAUGUCACGCAGGCGUACGCCAACUCGGGCUUUCUGAGUGGCGUCCGCAGUGCUCUGGGGCAAACUGCCUCGCGGGUGUUCGGAACUCCAUACCGCUACCCCCUGCACUUGUGGGGUCCUGAGUCCGACUCUAGCUGGAAGAAAUGAUUGAUUUUAUGAUGAUACCCCUUGUAGGAGUGAGUGUGUUUGAGAGAAUUUAAUAUGAGGGAGGAGAGAAG